AUGAAUGCCCUCGAAAGCUCAGGCACAUUGACAAUCCUUCCCCAGAAGGUCAUGGAUGGUACAAACCUUGGAAUUCGGGCUGUUGAGGCGCUGGGCAAGCCUUUGCUGGUCUUUGGGUUGGAGGAUGCCUCUGACUUUCUUGCAGCGGAGGAGCGAUUUGUCACCUGGCUUCGAGAUCAUGACAUCUUGAUUCUGAACAUCAAUGGCCCUCGCGAGUCAUCUGUGCCAGGGGUUUAUGCAAAGAGCAAAGACCUCUUUGCCCACAUCUUUGCAGCGGCGCUGCGAAGCGCAUAG